AUGUCCAUCACGGAAACCUCUGCUGAGAAUUUGGUGGUCUCUCGCGCUGCGGGGGACCUGACUUCCACCGCGGUCACAAAUGUGCUCCUGCGACGUGCAGCAAUUGCCCCAAAGGAGAUUAGGGAGGACGCGAACAUCGUGAAAAUUCUCCUCGACGCGUGUGUCGUACUUGACCCUUCGCUACACCAAAAUUCAUGGCGUGAUAACGAACCUCAUAUCUACCGAGACAGAAAGAAAAGCAUUACCGUUGGAUUGGUCUGGGAUGAUGGUGUCGUGAAGUCUACACCACCAGUAGCAAGAGCGCUGCAAGAGACAGUUGAAAGCUUGAAAGCCUUGUCCUCCGAUGUCGAGGUCAUCGAGUGGAAGCCUUACCAACAGAGAGAAGGAUCAGAGAGCCUGUUGGCGAACAUAGCGAUGAAGACGAGAUUUUAUACCCCCGACGGUGGUAAGGCAUUCGCCAAAAACCUCGCCCUCUCGGGAGGGUCUUGCUUGCCGCUCUUGGCAUGCACGCUGCGAGACACUCAUGGCGCUGAGGAGCUGAUUGUGCAUGGAGUGCGGGAGUGGACCCUUAAGCGUGAAAUGUUCCACUACUCUUAUUUUCAAGAGUGGAACUCGGUCGCUCCCGAGAUGGACGUUAUUCUUUGCUCGGCAUAUUCGACACCCGCGCCACUGCUUGACACCUUGGGAAUACACAUCCAUCUAGGAUUUCGGGAUGCGAAGGACACUACAUACAUGCCUCGAAAGGAAUUCAAUACCUGGUACCAUGAGCACUACGAUGCGCGGAAACAACCGGACGCACCGGUCUGUUUGCACCUAGUAGCAAAGAUAUUUAAGGACGACAAAGUCGUUCAGGUCUUGGAGGUUGUUAAAGAGAAGAUU